AUGAUACAACUACCGCAGAAUGUCUCAUCUAUCAAUGCACCUAACCUAGAUGAAAAGAGGAAACCUUCGAUACGAGGGGGAGCAGAGAUUAUCGCCCACAAGAUUAAACCCAAUACAAGCACAAUUACAACUACCGCAUCGUCGUCUUCAUCGACGUCUCCAUCGCCAUCUCCGUCUCAAUCUCCAUCGACAAACACAACAAUGCCGGCACCCAUCACCAGCAACCGCAGCAGUUUCCAUGACGGCUCAUUGAACCACUACCAUUUUUACGACCACAGUCAAAACACGGCUCAGCUGAAUAACGACGACGUAUCGAUAAAUCUUUCCAAUACCUCGAGCAAAAUUGCGCGCACCGAGUCAACAGCCGAAACGUUUCAACUACCCUUGUUGACCUCGGAGAAUUUGAAACAACAAGAGGAAAAUAGAAGAAGCUUGCUAGACGUGCCCAACAAUGAGGAUGAAGAACGUGACGGUGCCAUGGGAGAAGAUGACAUUAACCAGCACCGCUCGCCAUCUACGCCUACUUCGUUCAAAGGAUCACGAUCUGAAGUUAGCGAUUUAUCGCGCGAGACGACCCCUUCAUCGGUUGAUAAUGGCGAGCCCAUAGAACCCUCGCAAAUGCCCAUACUUACAAUGUCGCGUGAAGUCGAAACACCGAGUGGCAGUAAGGAAUUUCAAUUUAGAUUUAAGCAACCUUCAGAUGCAAGAAGGAGAAGCUCGCUUGAUGUUGACCCGCUAAGCCAGCUAUCUCACAGUAACCAAUCCAAUACUGAUAACUCAACCAUUCGCAAUGUUCCACUCGAGCCAACGACUUCGCAACUGGGCAGACAACAACCGCAGCCACAACCACCACAUAUGGAAAACUAUGCUAUAUCAACUGGUGCCGAUGUCAUAUCUACUCAACCACUCACAGGCUCUGCUGCUGCUGCGGCUGCUGCGGCUGCUCUUGAACCGUUUAGAAAGCCAACAAGCUCACGUCGGCAUACAACUCCAACCAUUUCAACUUCCCCGGCAAGAGAUAAAAGCACAUUGCGGAAAGAGAACAAUUCCAAAGAAAAACCAUCAAUUAGACCCCAUCACCAUUCUCACCACCAACACAGCCACAACCGCAGCGAACAUCACCCUUUACUUUCAUCUGCAAUUAAGUCUUCUUCACAUUGUGACUUGCCAAGGAGCACAAGUGGAGAGAUGCGAAAAAUGCGAGAUUCCAUAACUGGCAAAAAUCACCGGGUCAAGAAACGGUUUACCGAGGACGAAAAAGUGCUUGUUGGGAAUAAAAUCAGCGAAGGCCAUGACAAUUUCGUCAUGGCUUACAACAUGUUGACGGGGAUAAGAGUUGCUGUGAGUUCCUGUUCGGGGGUAAUGAGGCAAUUGACGGACCAAGAUUUUGUCAACACCAAGAAAUUGAGUUUUAAUUUUGAAGGCAACGAGUUGACACCGAGCUCGAAAUACGAUUUCAAGUUUAAGGACUAUUGUCCCGAAGUUUUCCGAGAGUUGAGGCAGAUUUUUGGAAUUGAUCCUGCCGACUAUUUGAUUUCAAUCACGGGGAAAUAUAUCUUAUCUGAAUUGGGAUCACCUGGAAAAUCAGGCUCAUUUUUCUACUACUCGCGGGACUAUAGGUUUAUUAUCAAAACCAUUCAUCACUCGGAAAAGAAGCAACUUUUGCGAAUGUUGCAAGAUUAUUACCAACACGUGAAGGAAAACCCCAACAUUUUACUAUCGCAAUUUUAUGGUCUUCAUCGCGUCAAGAUGCCCAUGUUUGGAGGCGGAAGAACGCGCAAGGUGCAUUUUGUUGUGAUGAACAAUUUAUUCCCACCGCAUCGUGACAUUCACCUUAAAUUUGAUCUCAAGGGUUCAACGUGGGGGAGAGUCACGCGAGUUGAAAAAGAAGACGCCGAAGCUCAGGAUUUCGCCAAGUAUACUUUGAAGGAUAUCAAUUGGCUCGAGAUGCACGAGCAGCUCAAGUUUGGACCCGACAAGCGCAAUGUCUUUUUAAAGCAGCUCGAAAAAGAUGUCAAGCUUUUGCAAAAGGCCAAUGUCAUGGACUACUCUUUGCUUUUAGGGAUACAUGACGUUAAGCGGGGGAACUCGACCGAUAUGGGACAAAAGCUUUCCGUGUUUGAGCCCAAAUCAUCGGACAAGAGCGCAAUCAUCAACACCAACCCUAGAGACAUUGAUCGGUCGCAGGAUCUCCCCAGUUCCGUAUACCCAGGAAGAUCAAAGUAUAUAUUUUACGGUCACGAUGGUGGUAUUCGGGCAACCGAUGUUGAAAACGCUCCCUUGCAGGAGAUUUACUAUUUGGGGAUUAUUGAUUUUUUGACCAAUUACGGGCUAAAGAAGAGAUUGGAGACUUGUUGGCGAUCGUUGACCCAUCUGAGAGCCACGAUAUCGGCUAUACCUGCUAAGGAGUAUGGCGAUCGGUUCCGCCAGUUUAUCAAAACCGGCACCACUUCUGAAAAGCAAAAGAAAAGCUAG